GUCGUUACUGUUAGUAGGGUACCUUCGAUACGAAAGACUAUGAGAGCGUGUAGGAUAGGACGCUUCGCUAUGGUCAGGCGAGGGAACCCCCUCCUGUUUGUGGCUUUCGCAGCGACAAGCAAGGACGACGCACACUAGCUUUCUUUUCCGUAGAAAAUGGUUCCGGUCAAUACAACGCUACAUCAAAUAUCCCCUUGACCAAAGCCAACUUUUUCACAGCACGGUACAAAAAGCAUCAAUAUCAGCCACUCGCUAUCAAUUCGCGCAUGCCGUCCAACCAAAAGCACCUCAAGCUUUCGAAGACUCGUGACAGUGAUUCCAACAAGAAUAUCGACAAGGUCGCCUCGGAAGAGCAAUUUGCGGCGAGUUCUCAAAUCGAUCCCGAGUCCACCACACCGUGCGUGUACAUCACUCACGUCGAUCCACAUACGACAACGGAGGGGCUGGGAUCCCACGUCCGUGGAACCAUCUAUCCCUUACUGCAUCUGGCUCACUACUUGUCCAUCGUUCCGGUAUGGAACGUUGCAACCAGCGCUGGAUUUUGGCAAUCAAAACGAUCCGCCAACACAGAAGAUUACAGUCUCCUCGAUCUAGCCGAACUCUUUGGAAUUGGUGAAACGACGGCAAGCUGGGAUGAUAAGGAUAGACUUCUCGAUGUACAUACGUGGGUGGAUCCGAUUAUAGGCAACGCCUACGGCAAGGUGGAAAGUUUAAGUGAAUUGCUCGAAUCUUAUUUACAUUCAAUCGCACUCCACCAAAAGCCUCGAUGGAUACGAGUGCAUGGUGCCUUUUCUUACCAGAAUCCAACUCCAAUGGUCUACCGCCAUUUGCAACAAGCAAAGUCCUCUUGGAAAGACAAGCGCACAAACAACGACACAAAUGACAGCUUUAAAACAGACUCGUCUAUGAGCGAUCCUCUACGAAUAGGUGUUCAUGUGCGCGUUCCGGAAGAUUGGUGCGGAAAUCAGUGGAAGGAAGACAAUUACGUAUCGCACGUAAUUGAAACGCUCCAAAGUUUGCAACGAAGUCUUCCAACAGGAGCUUGGGAAUGCGUCGCUUUGAACGUUGUUUCGGAAAUCGCGCUAGAGACGUCUGGCCAAGCGGCCGUACUACGGCAGGCCUUCCCUCAGGCCACCUUUUCUCUGGGCAAUCCGAUUGUGAACGAAAUUAAGCAUUUGGCUCUGUCCGACAUCUUUCUUCCAGCCGCAUCACAUUUAAGUGCGUUGGUGGGCUACUUUGUAUCCCCUCAAAACAGCUUGAUUCUCUUACCCGUUCGAAGAAAUCGGUGUCCGUAUUUGGAACCGCACAUUGCGCUGGGCGCGCCAGUGAUCGUGGCGGAUGGGGACAAUCAAUCCUUCGUCGCCGCCCUUCAGAUACUUUGGAGGCGCAAACGGAAUACGCCGUCGCGGUCAAGAUCGCAUGGUACAAUUGGAGAUUGUGAAGAGGGCGAAAAAACCACUUCGCAGUAG